GGCACCGCUGCAUCGUGCAUCGUGCAGGAGAGGGGAAGAAAAAAGACAAGAGAAAUAGCCGAGCGCGGUCACUAACUACCUCAGUUUCUGCGUCGCGAGGGAAAACAGGAAAUAUCCGCGGGAAAAGGCAUACAGCUGGCUCCCUGCGCUGUUUUACCGAAAUGUCCAUCUUCUGUAGUCUAAAGAUGAGCUGUGACCAGAUGUAAAGACAGCGUGGAUGGUGAUCUCUCCUACUGGAACUCAGCUGUCUUCACCUCUCAACCGUGUGCCUGCUCCCAUCCCACUGCCAUAGAGAUCUGCUCUCCCUCACACCAGCAGCAGCAGCUAGCUAUCCUAGCCAACGCUAGUAUCAUUUGAACCAUCUCCCAACUUACUGUGGUUGGCUGCAGCUGAGUUGCCCCGUUGUAACAGAAGAAAGUAAGCUAACGUAAGUUAGUUUCUAAUUGUCUCUCACACUUAGGUCAGCUUUUUCGGCAGUUCUUUUUGCCAGUGAACAUUGGUUCCCAACUGACCUAGCUGGUUCGCUAAAGGGCAAAUAAAGACAGGUAGAUAGAAUCAGAGUCAGCAAGAUGGACGAGUCGUACAACAACAGGACGUCACUGGUGAAGGGCGCCAAGGACAUUGCCAAGGAGGCCAAACGCCAUGCCGCUAAGAAGGUCAGCAAGGUCGUCAACCGCGCCGCGGACGAGUACUCCUCCCAACGCAACUACAGCCAGUUCCAGAACGAGGACGAGGACGAUGAUGACGGACGCUACGCCUACACGCAGCCCGAUGGCAACGACCACUUCCCCGGUGGUCUUACCGCCAAAGACGAAGACGAGGAAGACUACGCCAGUGACGCCACGGAGGGUCACGAUGAUGAAGAUGAGAUCUAUGAGGGGGAGUAUCAGGGGGUGCCUGCUGACGGGAAGCCUAGAGACGGGCAUGAUUCUCUGGGUCAACUCGUCUCAGACAGCAUGAGGGACCGUAAGGACCUGGAGCAAGAGAGGCAGGCGGACGAGGAGGAGCUGGCCCAGCAGUAUGAGCUGAUCAUGCAGGAGUGUGGCCACGGCAGGUUUCAGUGGCAGCUGUUCUUCGUGCUGGGCAUGGCGCUGAUGUCUGAUGGAGUGGAGGUGUUCGUGGUGGGGUUUGUCCUGCCCAGCGCCGAGCUGGACAUGUGUGUCCCCAACUCUGGAGCAGGGUGGCUAGGCAGCAUAGUGUACCUGGGGAUGAUGAUGGGGGCAUUCUUCUGGGGGGGUCUGUCGGACAAGGUGGGCCGUAAACAGUGUCUGCUUAUCGCUAUGUCGGUCAACGGCUUCUUCUCCUUCCUCUCCUCCUUCGUCCAGGGGUACGGCAUGUUUCUCUUCUGCCGCAUGCUCUCCGGCUUCGGGAUUGGUGGGGCUGUGCCCAUCGUGUUCCCCUACUUUGCUGAGUUCCUGGCGAGGGAGAAGAGAGGAGAGCACCUGAGCUGGCUCUGCAUGUUCUGGAUGAUAGGAGGGAUCUACGCCUCGGCCAUGGCCUGGCUCAUCAUACCACACUACGGUUGGAGCUUCAGUAUGGGCUCGGCUUACCAGUUCCACAGUUGGAGAGUGUUUGUGGUGGUGUGUGCUCUGCCCUGUGUGUGUGCUGUCGUAGCACUCACCUUCAUACCUGAGAGCCCACGCUUUUUCCUAGAGAUGGGUAAACAUGACGAGGCCUGGAUGGUGCUGAAACAGAUUCACGACACCAACAUGAGGGCCCGCGGAGAACCAGAGAAAGUCUUUACUGUGAACAGGAUAAAGCUUCCUAAGCAUCUGGAUGAGUUGGUGGAGAUGCAGUCAGACUCAGCCAACCCUGUGGCCAAAGUCCUCUUCAGGAUCAGGACCGAACUCAGAGGGAUCUGGUUAACGUUCAUGAAAUGUUUCAACUACCCGGUCAGAGACAACACCAUCAAACUGGCCAUCGUGUGGUUCACAUUGUCUUUUGGGUACUACGGCCUAUCAGUGUGGUUCCCUGAUGUCAUCCAUCACCUUCAGUCUGAUGAGUACGCCUCCAGAGUGAAGACUCACAACAACGAACUUAUCGAAGACUUCACCUUUAACUUCACCCUGGAGAACCAGAUACACACCAACGGAGUGUUCGUCAACGACAGGUUCAUCAGCAUGAAGUUGAAGUCCGUCACCUUCAUAGACUCCACGUUUCAGAACUGUUACUUUGAUGACGUGUCAACAGUAGGCUCAUUAUUCAAGAACUGCAGCUUCGUAGAGGCCUUCUUUUAUAACACAGAUAUUGACGAUUCUAAGCUGGUUGGGUCGAGGGUAAUCAACAGUUCAUUUCAUCACAACAAAACGGGCUGUCAGAUGACUUUCGACGACGACUACAGCGCCUACUGGGUCUACUUUGUCAACUUCCUGGGGACGCUCGCCGUGUUGCCCGGCAACAUAGUCUCCGCCCUCCUCAUGGACAAGAUAGGGCGCCUGAGCAUGCUGGGGGGCUCCAUGGUGCUGUCAGGCAUCAGUUGUUUCUUCCUGUGGUUUGGUACCAGUGAGUCUAUGAUGAUCUUCAUGCUGUGUCUCUAUAACGGCCUCAGUAUAUCAGCCUGGAACUCCCUGGAUGUAGUCACUGCUGAGCUUUACCCUACAGACAGGAGGGGUACAGGCUUCGGCUUCUGUAAUGCUAUGUGUAAGCUGGCAGCGGUGCUGGGGAACCUGAUCUUCGGCUCUCUGGUUGGCAUCACUAAGGCCAUCCCCAUCCUGCUGGCGUCCACUGUACUGGUGGGAGGAGGACUGGUGGGGCUUCGGCUGCCUGACACACGCGGCAAUGUCCUGAUGUAGAACUACACUACCCAGCAGCCUUCACUCAUGUGCCGGUUAGGCUUUUGUUGAACAUGCUGUCAUAAGGACUACAUAUCUGGGCUGGCAUUCAAGUAUGCUAUCUGGCCAGCUUCAUGCUUAGCCAAUUAGCUAAGCUAAACAAUAGUACACGCCGUAACAAUACAAAGUCGGUUGUCAUAAGCUGACGGUACGUCUUUGUUUUGAGACAGUGUUAUGUCGGCCUUGUUACAGCAUGUUCAAAUAAGGAUAUGGAGAAACACCAAUGGUUGCCACACGGAACACACGUGUGUAAAAGGCUGCACCACCAAUCACUCACAGACUGUACUCUGUCUUCAGUUCAGAUUUGACUGUAAAAUAUGGGCAUUCAUGUGUUUGCUUGUUUGUUUGUUAAUUUGUCUCUCAAUAAUGUAAUAAUGUCAUUUAUUGUGCUGCUGCUGUGCCAUCUUGUACUUCAAACCAAAAUGCCAAGAAGUGCUGUACACUUCAGAGUGGGGCGUGAUUUCUCCUUUCAAAAUAGUCAGUUAUUCGUGAUGUUUGUUCUUUUUUUUUGCCUUUUGCUCCAAUUGCAAGAAAAACAUGGCCAUAGUAAAAUAGAAAUAGUAAGAAAUAGCUUUUAGUGUCGUCAAAAGUUACAGCAAAUUCAGCAGCUACAUUUCUAAAGAAAACUGUGUGUGUGUGUGUGUGUGUGUGUGUGUGUGUGUGUGUUGUGGAACAGCUUAGGGCUUUGUUCUCUGUUGCUGUGGGUCUCUGUCAAAAGGAAUUUAUUCAGUAAGAAACCUCUGAGCUGCUAGCGAUAGCUUCUUCUCCAUUUCUUUGUAUCUGUUGAACUCUUUCUUUGUCUUUACCUCUGGCUCUCUCUCUCUCUCUCUCUCUCUCUCUCUCUCUCUCUCUCUCUCUCUCUCUCUCUCUCUCUGUCUCUCUCGGUCUUUCCAUUUAUCUUUCUCGCGUUGUCUCUCUCUCUCUCCUUACCUUGCUCUCUCUGUUUCUUUCUGUUGUGAUUCUCUCUCCAACCCUCUAUCCUUCUCUCUGUCUCAUACGGUAGCUUACCCUCUACAAAACUCAAUGGCCUUUCUCAAAUGUCGUGCCUCGUUCCCUCCAACCUUUCUCUCUUAUGAAACUCUGCUGGAAAUCGCUCUAGUAUGUAGUUCUUCUUCGCUCUAAUGUGUGUGUGUGUGUGUGUGUGUGUGUGUGUGUGUGUGUGUGUGUGUGUGUGUGUGUGUGUGUGUGUGUGUGUGUGUGUGUGUGUGUGUGUGUGUGUGUGUGUGUGUGUGUGUGUGUGUGAGACCUAGUUUUAAUCCAUAUACAGAAAAGUAAUAUCUGCUUAUGCGUGUUUAGGUUAUUUGUUGCUGAGUUGAUAUAACAUUAAACUAUGUGUUUAAGCAGAAAGCAGGUGGAUUUUAACGGGAUGAUAUAUGAAAAAGCCAUUGUAGCAGCCUGGUCUCAUAGACUAGACCUAACAUGGUAAACGUAAAUCUGGGACACUCAAAUUAGUAUGAUAUGUUGAUUUGAUAUGAUAUGUCACAUUUGGUAGGGUUACAUAAGACCGAUGGUUACUUACUUCUUAGGGCUGCAAUCCCGUUAACGGGAUCGAUAUGACAACAGCCAGUGAAAGUGCAGGGCGCCAAAUUCAAACAACAGAAAUCUCAUAAUUAUAAUUCCUCAAACAUACAUGUAUCUUAUACCGUUUUAAAGUUCAUCUUGUUGUUAAUCCCACCACAGUGUCCGAUUUCAAAUAGGAUUUACAGCGAAAGCACCACAAACGAUUAGAAAAUAAAGUAAACAGAAUUCACAUUAUAAAUAUUCCCUUACCUUUGACAAUCUUCAUCAGAAUGCACUCCCAGGAAUCCUAGUUCCACAAUAAAUGCUUGAUUUGUUCGAUAAUGUCCAUUAUUGUAACGGCGUUUGUUCGUCGAAAGAGAGUCGGACCGAAAUGCAGCGUGGUGGUCACUCAUGUCUUUAAUGAAACAAAUGACGAUACAUGAAAUAACUUAAUAAAUACAAAAACAACAAACGGAACGUGAAAACCUAUACAGCCUGUCUGGUGAAACUACACAGAGACAGGAACAAUCACCCACGAAAUACACAGUGAAACCCCGGCUACCUAAAUAUGGUUCCCAAUCAGAGACAACGAGAAUCACCUGACUCUGAUUGAGAACCGCCUCAGGCAGCCAACCUAAACUACACCCCUACUCAGCCGCAAUCCCAAUGCCUACAAAACCCCAAUACGAAACACAACAUAUAAACCCAUGUCACACCCUGGCCUGACCAAAUAUAUAACGAAACACAAAACACUAUGACCAAGGCGUGACAAUUAUUUAUGUUCAAGGAGCUACUUUUGUUAGCGCGUUUAGUACGAAAAUCCAAACGCUUGUGCAGGUCCAUCCGAACAUUGGACGAAAACUUUCAAAAGUUGUAUUACAGGUCGAAGACACUUGUCAAACUAAGUAUAGAAUACAUCUUUAGGAUGUUGUUAUCAUAAAUCUUCAAUAAAGUUCCAACCAGAGAAUUCCUAUGUCUGUAGAGAAGCCAUGGAACGCAGGUCGCUAUCAUGUGAAAUGCGCAUGACCAGGACCUGGCUCUCUGCCAGAUAACUGACUCAAAGAACUCCCAUCCACAACACAGUAGAAACCUCAUUCAAGUUUCUAAAGACGGUUGACAUCUAGUGGAAGCCCUAGGAAGUGCAACUUUAUCCAUACCUCACUGUGUAUUCAAUAGGGGCUGGGUUGAAAAUCGGCCGACCUCAGAUUUUCCACUUCCUUGUUUGGAUUUCGUCUCAGGUUUUUGCCUGCCAUAGGAGUUCUGUUGUACUCACAGACAUCAUUCAAACAGUUUUAGAACCUUCAGAGUGUUUUCUAUCCAAUACUAAUAAUAAUAUGCAUAUAUUAUAUAUACAUAUAUUUCAUCCAAGCUACUCAAUACUGCCCCUGCAGCCAUAAUACGUUUUAAGGCAAAAACUAAAGUAGGGUGGUUCAUCGGGGGGGGGGUUGGCAUAUAACACAAAUGUCUAGAAACCCAAAGGUUGAGAGUUUGAAUCUCAUUACAGACAACUUUAGCUAAUUAGCAACUUUUCAACUACUAUUUUUUUUUUUGCUACUUUGCAAUUCUUUUGCAUGUUAGCUAACCCUUCCCCUAAUCAUAACCUUAAGUCACACCCUGUUUCUAUUCUGUUCUGUUCUGUUUCACCUGUCCUUGUGCUUGUCUCCACACCCCUCCAGGUGUCGCCAAUCUCCCCUAUUAUCCCCUGUGUUUUUAUACCUGUGUUCUCUGUCUGAUUGUUACCAGUUCGUCUUGUUCGUUCAAGCUUACCAGUGGUUUUUCCUGUCAGCUCCCAUCGUUUCCCAGCCUCUCGUUGCUAAAUCAAAUCAAAUCACAUGUUAUUGGUCACAUACACAUGGUUAGCAGAUGUUAAUGCGAGUGUAGCGAAAUGCUUGAGCUUCUAGUCCGUCCAGUCUAACAACGACCAUGCUAGUCCUCCCGCUUUUGACCAUUGCCUGUCCUGACCCUGUACCCACCCUCCUGACCUCUCUGCCUGGCCCUGAGCCUGUCUGCCGUCGUGUACCUUUGCCUGUCCCUGACCCUGUACCCACCCUCCUGACCUCUCUGCCUGACCCUGAGUCCGCCUGCCGUCCUGUACCUUUGCCUUACCCUGGAUGUUCGACCCCUGCCUAUCUUGACCUGUCUUGCCUGCCCAGUUGCUACAAUAAACAGUGUUUACUUUGACAGUCUGCAUCUGGAUCUUACCUUGAUUCCUGAUACCUUAACCCUUUAACCUAACCCCUAAACUUAACCCUAACACCCAACUCUAACUCCUAGCCUAGCUAAUGUUAGCCAGCUAGCUAUAAUUCGUAACAUAUCAUAUGAAAUGGGUGAUGGUCGUCCACAAAUGAAUAGAUACCAUAGAAAACGUAACAUAGUGUUUUUCAGAUUUACGUACAGAAUAAUACAAAAUGCUCUGAGACCAGGUUGAUUGUAAACGUAGCCUGAGUUUAAUCAAAGGUACAUAUUGCUGCUACCCUCAGUGCUAUGGGUCGGACGGGAACACAAGAUAGGUGAUAAGAUACGUUCUUUAGUCAGCCUAGGUGCCAUAGUUUCACUAUGUUACAAAAUAUUGAUUCUGUAAGGAUAGAAUCCGAACUAGAGAAGCGUCAAUGAAGGAUGAUGAAGGGAUAUUUCACCCAUUUGACUUGUUUACAUGGAUUACUUUCUCGGUAUCCAUACGAUUACCUAAAUGUAUAGUUUGUGGGGGAACUGCAGGAGUAUAUUGGCAGUGUUGCAGUGCAUGCUUUUGCUUUUGACCAGGAAUUGAUAGUUUGUGUAGAUGUACAAUAUGUGUGUGCAUGUGUGUGUGUAUGAUAUCGGGUGUGUGUGUGUGUUUAUUAUAAUGUAUACAUUCAAAAGUUUUUAGUUUUCCAACCAUGGGUUGGGGUCGAUAUUGAUGAGUUGAUUUAACUCACUGAAGUGUCUGAUUGGUUUGUUAAUGAGUUUCUGUGUCUGUCAGCUCGUCCAACUGCAUAAUUUGCAGCCAUCUAUCCCUCCUCACGUCACUCUGUGUGAAACAAAAUCUAAGGCCUAGAUCUAAGGCCUAGAUUCAAUCAGAUUUCAAGCGUUAACUGGAGACAGCAGACACCAGCAUAGUGGAUGUUUUGGCAGCAUCAAAACAUCCACUGCUCUUUUGCGAUCAGAGUUGGACGUUCCGAACGAGAAAGUAUAGGCCAUACAGAAAUAAUUAUGCUCAGAAUGAAAAAUCAUGAAUUCAAAUGAGGAUUUCUGUCAGACCUAAUUGAUGUGCAGAUUACAUCUCAAAUUCCUGUGUUCCAAUUUCUAAACAAGGCUGCAUAGGAUUUACGUUAGUGCGACUCCUUGCAGCCAAUGGCAUUGCCCGCUUUAGGUAUAAUGCCAGGAGCCGCUUGUGGAUUUGACAGCUCUAACGCAGUUCCACCUCUGCCAAAACAACCGCUACGCGGAUCUGAUUGAAUAGAGCCCUAAAACUACACCUCUGUUAAAAUAGGAAACUUUGCAUGUGUGCUACUAAAGUAUUUCUGUUGCUGUGCUGUUUUUGUGUCUCUGCUUACAGGGAUGUAGUGGUAAAAAAAUAUAUAAAGGUGGCUAUACGUUGAAUGCCGGCCGAGAUGACAGGCGUAGAGGAUCGAGUAACGUAAGCACUAAUGCUAACCAUGCUAAUUGGCGUAAUAGCCAGGUGUGCUAACAACAUAAUAAACACAAUUUUCUUAAACGUUUGUUUCCGCUCCACUACAUCCCUGCUGCUGUUCUUCUGUGGAGGAGCUGCUAUGUUCAUCUGGGUCAAAGGUGAAUGUUUCAUUCUGGUGAGGUCCUUGUUGUCAGGUUGUUCUGUGGGCAGGUGUCCGUCCCAGCUUCUGAGUUGACUUCUGGGUAGUUGUGACGGGCAUGCCAGUGGUGAGAGGACUGUACUGUACGUAGCUACAGACAUGCCAGUGGUGAGAGGACUGUACUGUACGUAGCUACAGACGUGCCAGUGGUGAGAGGACUGUACUAUACGUAGCUACAGACAUGCCAGUGGUGAGAGGACUGUACUAUACGUAGCUACAGACGUGCCAGUGGUGAGAGGACUGUACUGUACGUAGCUACAGACGUGCCAGUGGUGAGAGGACUGUACUGUACGUAGCUACAGACGUGCCAGUGGUGAGAGGACUGUACUAUACGUAGCUACAGACGUGCCAGUGGUGAGAGGACUGUACUGUACGUAGCUACAGACAUGCCAGUGGUGAGAGGACUGUACUGUACGUAGCUACAGACAUGCCAGUGGUGAGAGGACUGUACUAUACGUAGCUACAGACGUGCCAGUGGUGAGAGGACUGUACUAUACGUAGCUACAGACGUGCCAGUGGUGAGAGGACUGUACUAUACGUAGCUACAGACAUGCCAGUGGUGAGAGGACU